UGCAGCGUUGACAGUGAUAAGUUCAACUUGUAUAGUGCACUGGCAAAUUGCCCGGGAAAACAUACAUUUUAAAUUAAUGUAUUUUUUUAUCUUCAACAUUCAAAAUGUGUGGCCGCACUGGACUAUCACUAAAUAAAGAACAACUACGUUGUGUCUGUAGUUAUAAAAAUAAGAAAAAGGAUUCUUUUGAUAAACCAGAAUGGCUACACGAGCAUAAUGACGGCAAAGAAUAUGAACCUUCUUAUAAUAUUGCACCAACUGAUGUUACACCUGUUUUAGUAUCUUCUAGUAAUUAUAAAAACAUUGCUGGCAGUCGGAUUUUAAAGCCUAUGAUGUGGGGGAUAAUACCUCCUUGGCAUAAGGGUAAUUAUCGCACAAAUAAUUUAAGUACAAAUAAUUGUCGAAUAGAGAACAUAAAAACAUCAAAACUUUACAAUCCAAUAUUAUUAAAUGGAGGUAGAUGUAUAAUAGUGGUAGAGGGCUACUAUGAAUGGCAAACCACUGUUAAAAAUAAAGUUAAGCAACCUUUUUACAUAUAUGCUCCGCAAGAAGAACACAUAAAGAUUGACGACUCUAGCACAUGGCAAAACAAUUAUGAUAAAAAAAGUGGAUGGAAAGGCGUAAAACUUUUAUAUAUAGCUGGGCUAUAUAAUAUUUGGCAAGACAAUGAUGUCAUUAUUUAUUCAUACAGUAUUAUUACUAUGGAUUCCAGUAGUACAUUAGAAUGGUUACAUCACAGAAUGCCCGCCAUUUUGGAAACGGAAUUACAAAAAGAGGCAUGGUUAGACAUUGAAAAUGUCAACCCAGAUAUGGCUCUAUCAUAUUUAAAACCAACUGUACUACUGUCAUGGCAUCAAGUUUCUACAGCAGUUAAUAAUUCACGGUACAAAUCAAAUGAUUGUAACAAAAGAAUAUCAAAGGAAAACAAAAAAUGUGCUCAAUCAACUAUCACAUCUUGGUUUACGAAGGUAGAUAAAAGAAAAAGCAAUGAUAAAGAUAAUAUCCCAAAUAAGAAAAAUAAGUAAACAAAAAAAAUUGGAUUCAA